UCUCCAAUUGAGCACAUUUGGAGACAUUUGAAAUUGAAAUUAGCAAUAUACGAACAGAGAGCUAGAGGCGUUCACGAGCUUUGGGAAAGAAUGCAAAAUGAAUGGAAUACAUUUGGCGUUGAUAUAUGCUGUAAAUAUAUAGACAGUAUAUCCGCAAGAGUGAAAGCUGUGAUAGAUGCGAAAGGUGGAAACACCAAAUAUUAA